CAACACCAUUCUUCACCUUAAGGAUGGUGCCAGGUUUCCUCCAAACGUGACGCUUGGCAUUCAGGCCAAAGAGUUCAAUCUUGAUUUCAUCAAACCAGAUAAUCUUGCUUCUCAUGGUCUGCGAGUCCGUUAGAUGCCUUUUGGAAAACUCAAUGCGGUGCGGUUGUGUAGCCUUUUACUGUGGAGUGGCAUCCAUCUGGCCACUCUACCAUAAAGGCCUGAUUGGUGGAUUGCUGCAGAGAUGGCUGUCCUUUUUGAAGGUUCUCCCAUCUCCACAGAGGAACGCCAGAGCUCUGUCAGUGACCAUUAGGUUCUUGAUCACCUCACUGACCAAGGCCCUUCUCCCCCGAUAUCUCAGUUUGGCUUGGCGGCCAGCUCUUGCAAGAGUCUUGACGGUUCCAAACUUCUUCCAUUUAUGGAUGAUGGAGGCCACAGUGUUCCCGGGGAACUUCAAUGCUGCAGAAAUGUUUUGGUACCCUUACCCAGAUCUGUGCCUUGACACAAUCCUGUCUCGGAGCUCUACAGACAACUCCUUCGACCUCAUGGUUUUGUUUUUGCUCUGACAUACAUUGUCAACUGUAGGACCUUAAAUAGAUAGGUGUGUGCUUUUCCAAUUCACAUCAAGUCAAUUGAUUUUACCACAAGUGGACUGCAAUCAAAAUGUAGAAACAUCUCAAAGAUGAUCAAUGGAAACAGGAUGUACCUGAGCUGGAUUAUCUACACCUCUAUUUUGAAUAGAUAAGUCUUUGUGUUAAUGUUCGUUUAGUGUCUUCCAAUUUUCAUAGAAGUGGUCUCUCUCUCUCUCUCUCUCUCUAUAUAUUUCUCUAUUUCUCGCCAUGCAUCUCUCUAAUCCAUUUAGUCACAAUUUCACUUUUUACUUAAUAAAAUAAUUUAUAGUACAGUAUGAUGUAAAAUCUGUCUGAAUGGAUCCAUCAGAUGUUGUUGAAGAAUAGAUACUGUAUCUCCUGUACUACACAUUACCUUCAAUAACAUCACCCUCACAGGCUUCCUCCAAUUACCCCCAAUUACCUGGUUCCCAAGUUAUCCUCCAAUAACAAGUCCCCAAUUAACCCCCUCCUGCCCCUCCCUCCCUUCAAGCACCCCCUGGUGGCCGUGUGCUUGUUUUUUAGCCUGGGGCUCAUUUCUCCCUAUUUCAGCAGCUCCCCUUCUCUCCUCUUCCUCUCCCUCUUUCACUCUCACACUGCAGGAAAUGCCAGACUGACAGACACUCAUCCUCACUCUCUCUGUCUGUCUGGAUAACGUUUGCUGUUGCCAGGUAGGGCAGAGGUAGAACAAGGUUUUGUGUAUCUAUCACUGUUGUUUCACAUGUCUGGUUACAGGUGUCUGUGUUGUAUGGUGUGUCUCUUCAUUGAAAGCACUUUUUGAUCAUGUCUUUCUGUCUACAGAGUGUUCUGUCUGCAAGGUCUUGGUUUGGUCUCUCUCCAACAGGUGACAGAACUCUCCCAGUCUUCGGCCUUGUCACUCUCCCAGUCUUCGGCCUUGUCUCUCUCCAGGUGAUGAGCCUCUGGGGCUGGCUGUGGCUGCUCUACUGCCUCCAUGUCCCUGGGUGUGUCCGGGGUCUGUAUGGAGGUGGAAAGGGGGCUUGUCGGCUGAUAGCUAAGCAGGUCUCCGGCAGUGUUUAUCGGGCAGGAGAUGUGGUCAUUGGGGGCCUGUUCCCCAUCCAUGUGGAAGCCCCUCUGCCAGAGCAGGAGUUCAGGAGCAUUAAGGAAUAUUCUACCUGUACAAUUUUCAAACAGCGUGCUUACCGUUGGCUCCAGACUAUGAUUUUUGCUGUGGAGGAGAUUAACCGUGACCCAGCCCUCCUGCCUAACCUCACCCUGGGGUUCCUGGCUUCUGACACAUGUCGGUCAGAGGGCCUCACCUUGGGGGCAGCCCUAGCCAUGGUGAGCGGCAAGGAGGCCUCCGUGGUGGGCACAGAGUGUGGCACAACCCCCGAGGUUCCCGUCAUCAUCGGGGAUGCCCACUCCUCAGCCUCCAUGGUGGUGGCACAGACCCUCGGGCCGUUUGAUUUACCCAUGGUGAGUUACUUUGCCACCUGUGCGUGUUUGAGUGACAACUUGAGGUACCCCUCGUUCUUCCGGACUGUACCCAGCGAUGCCUUCCAGGCUCGGGGCAUGGCCAAGCUGCUGCGUCUGCUGAGAUGGGUGUGGGUCGGGCUGGUGUCAGAGGAUGAUGACUAUGGCAAGUUUGGGGUUCAGCUGCUUCUCCAAGAGCUCCAGGGAUCUGGGGUGUGUGUCGCUUACUCUGAGGUCCUCCCCAAGUUACCGUCUAAGAGAAAGAUCAGGCACAUUGUGGACACCAUCAGAGGAUCUACUGCCAGAGUGGUGGUGGCAUUUGUAGGAUUCACGGGUCAUUCAGGGGCCCUGAUGGAAGAGGUUGUCCGCCAGAACAUUACAGAUAAGCAGUGGAUUGCCUCAGAAUCCUGGGUCACUUACUCUACUAUCGCCGCCCCGAAGAACCUGCCCUCUCUUGCAGGGACAAUCGGUUUUGCCCUGAAGAAAGCUGACAUUCCCGGCCUGGGGCCUUUCCUCACACGCCUCCAUCCAGACGGGGACUACCAGAAGUCCGACCCCUUCGUGUGGGAAUUGUGGGAAGAGAUGUUUGGGUGUUCUCUGGGGGUUGACCUCAGCAUGACGCUGUCGUCCAGGCGACAGUGUACUGGGUCAGAGGUCAUACGUGAGGGGGAGAGCCAGUAUGCUGACGUGUCUCAGCUGAGAGCCAGCUAUAAUGUGUACAAGGCUGUGUACGCCAUCGCCUACGCCAUACAGGAUAUGGUGGCCUGUCAACCAGGGGACGGAGUCUUUAAUGGUGGACAGUGCCCUGAUAUCAGGAAGCUUCAGCCCAGCCAGAUUGUUCAUUAUCUGAGGGGAGUGAACUUCAGUACUCCUGUGGGGGAAUCUUUCCACUUCGACAUGAAUGGUGAUCCGCCUGCCUCUUAUGACAUCAUCAACUGGCAUGUGACCCCCGAGGGGACAGCAGAGUUUGUCCAGGUCGGACAGUUUCUGUCCUCUGAGGGAUCCGAAGACCAGUUCCACAUCGACAUGGAUAAAGUGGUGUGGGGUGGGGGCAGCGGAGAUGAGGCCCCUGUGUCUGUAUGCAGUGCUGACUGUCCCCCUGGUACCAGGCAUGCGGUACAGAAGGGGAGGCCUGUUUGCUGCUUUGACUGUCUGUCCUGCGCUGAGGGAGAGAUCAGCAACACAACAGGGUCAGUUGAGUGUAUUAGGUGUCCAGAGCGGUUCUGGUCCAACCCUGAUCGUACGGCCUGCAUCCCCCAGCUGGUGGACUUCCUCUCCUACAGCGACACCAUGGGCGUCAUCCUGUCUGUCAUCUCAGUUUCCGGGGCAACACUGACAGCCGGUGCCCUGGCCACCUUCCUCUACUACCGUAACACGGCCCUGGUGAAAGCCAACAACUCUGAGCUCAGCUUCCUGCUCCUGCUGUCACUCAAGCUCUGCUUCCUGUGUGCGCUGGUUUUCAUUGGCCAGCCGAAGCCAUGGACGUGCAUGCUGAGACACACCCUCUUUGGUAUAAGCUUUGUGUUCUGCAUCUCCUGUCUGCUCAGCAGGACUGUGGUGGUGCUGGUGGCCUUCAGGGCCACUCUGCCUGGAGAGAACCUGAUGAGAUACUUCAGCCCCACCCAGCAGAGGAUGGGUAUCUCACUCUGCACACUCAUCCAGGUGCUGAUCUGUGUACUGUGGCUGGCCUUAGCUCCACCCCGACCGGCUGAGAGGGGGGACAGAGAGGGUCGGGGCCCGAGGGUCGUCCUGGAGUGUGAGGUGGGCUCUGUGGUUGGCUUCUCUCUGGUGCUCGGCUACAUCGGCCUGCUGGCCUCCCUCUGUCUCCUCUUAGCCUUCCUGGCCAGGAAACUACCAGACAACUUCAACGAGGCCAAGUUCAUCACCUUCAGCAUGCUGAUAUUCUGUGCCGUGUGGAUCUCCUUCAUCCCUGCCUACGUCAGCUCUCCUGGGAAGUACACAGUAGCUGUAGAGAUCUUUGCCAUCCUGGCCUCCAGCUUUGGACUGCUAUUCUGUCUGUUUGCUCCAAAGUGUUACAUCAUCCUUCUGAGACCAGAGAGAAACACCAAGAAACACAUGAUGUCCAAAUAGAAGCCACCAAGAAACACAUGAUGUCCAAUUAGAAACCACCAAGAAACACAUGAUGUCCAAUUAGAAACCACCAAGAAACACAUGAUGUCCAAUUAGAAACCACCAAGAAACACAUGAUGUCCAAUU